AUGGAGCUCGUGGAAUGGAAGAAGAUCUCCUGGAAGAAGUGCGCCCUCCUGCUCUUCAUCCUCAGCACCUGUGUCCUCGCCUCCCUUCAUCGGCUUGGGACGUUUGAGUCAGACCCUUUUCGAUACAUAGACUAUACCGGGGACGGCAGCACCCUGCUGAAGCGUGAGCAUAAGCUGACCAUCCUCCUAUGGACUUGGCCCUUUGGGCAACACUUUAACUUCAAGAACUGCUCGGAGCUCUAUGGGUCCCCAGAUUGCCACUUCACGGUCAACCGCAGCUGGCUGCCGAAGGCCGACGCUGUGAUUGUGCAUCACAGGGAUGUGUGCUGGGACACGAAGAGGCUGGUCCAGCUUCCCAGAGUCCCAUCCCAGCGCUGGAUUUGGUUCAACCUGGAGUCACCAACUCACUCGCCAAACUUACGCGACAUGAACAAUUUCUUCAACUUGACCAUGUCUUACCGGAAAGACUCCGAUAUCUUCACCCCUUAUGGUGAGCUGCAGCUCCUGGACCAGCCCCAGCCCUUCAGCAUCCCAACCAAGACCAAGCUGGUGGCCUGGGUAGUCAGCAACUGGCAACAGAGCUCCCAGCGGGUGAAGUACUACUUGGAGCUGCAGAAAUACAUCCCUGUGGACAUCUACGGGAAGUACCACUUGCCCCUGGCCUGGGACAAGCUCCUUCCCACCAUAUCCCAGUACAGCUUCUACCUGGCUUUCGAGAACUCACAGCACAAAGACUACAUCACCGAGAAGGUCUGGAAGAACGCCUUGUCCUCCGGCACUGUCCCUGUCAUGCUGGGACCUCCUCGUAAAAACUACGAGCGCUUCUUGCCCCCUGACUCCUUCAUCCACGUCGAUGACUUCAGCAGCCCCAAGGACCUGGCACAGUACCUGUGGGAGCUGAGCAAGGACACCGAGAGGGACCAGCGCUACUUCCAGUGGCGCCGGUGGCUGAAACCUGUGAUUAGCACUGACUGGGCCGCGUGUGUCUGCAGAGCUUGUCACUUCUUGCAGACAACAGAGGCCCAGUACCGGGUUGUGCCCGACCUGUCUGAGUGGUUCGUGUAA